CUUACCGAGUUGUUCCCUUUUAUCUUGUAUUUGACAGGAUGGGGGAGAAGUGGGUGUGGCAAUGAAAUAACACCAAUGCCCCAUUAUUAGAGGAUCUUAGAGCUGACGAUAGAUCUCUCUGAGAAAAACAACUGGACAAUUUCCAGUGGCACAUAUCCAAAACAGCAUCUCAACCUUAUUGUGUUAGCUUUCUGUAAAUAUCUCUUAUGUUAAUGUAUCGAUUUUGUCUUAAAUCAGCCAUAAAAUACCCUAAAAACAAUUAUUUACUAUCCAAUUUUUUUUUUACACUUGGUUACACUGUUCACCGUGAACAUGAAAAUUUGUGUCUAAGAACAUACAGGUGUAUUUGUGUUUUCAGAUGCAAAAAGUGACAGUGUGUUCUUUGCAGAGCUAUGUUUUGCAGUAGAAACACAACAUGUUUGUACUAGGUCCAUAAAAAGUCUCGCUUGUGGCAAAAAGUGACGUUUUUAGUAUUCUUUGCAGAGCUUUUUUUGCAAGUGAGGCACAUUUUGUUUCUUUCUGUCCCUAUUGCAAGGGCAGACAUGACAUCUCUUACUUUCAGAAUGAUGUGGUCUUACUGGGGUUGUGGGUCUUCUGGUUGAUGUUGAGGCAGGGCUGUGGGCAUGAACUGAUGCCUGGUAAGCUCUGUAGAUGCAGCGGCUGGGUCUAGGGGCACCUAUUCCUACUGCUCAAUGUGCACCUUGACAAGGGAACCUUCUAGCUCCUAGCUGGAGAAACAUUCUACACUUAUUUUUUUGGUGGAGUUCCACCCUUGGUGAAUGUGGGUCCACAACACAAAUGCAUUUUAUGCAGCCACAUCGAGGAUGUUGUAAAAGACAACCAGUGGCAAUCUCUUGGUCAUUUGCUGGCAAGCAGAGGAGGCAGUCAGCUUGUCUAGUUUGUUCACUUUGUUAUAUUCCAGGAUGACACAGCUGCAUCUUUGUGAAGAGUGGACAUUGGUGUGAAGUUGCAUAAUUUUUUUUUUUUUCAUUGAGGCCCUGGCAUUUGAUACCAGGGGUCAUUUUGAUGCUAUUGCAGCAGCUGCCCUGCCAUGUACGUCAGGAGAUACUUAGCUCCAAUAGAUGUUGCCACUUAUGGAUAUUAAUGUCUCAGCAGGAGAGGGAGUAGCUUCAGCACCGAUGACCUCCUCAUCAGAAUGUUCAGAUGUGUUUGUGAUGUGUCAGAGUUAGUAAUGAAUCUCAGAGAUCCAUGGUAAUUACUAUCGAACAUCUGGAGACAGCGAACAGAAGCGUUCAAAUAGAGCACAUCACCAUAGUCAUUUUCAGGUUAAAAAGUUGUUUCCUGCAUAUUCUGUUUUAGAGAAAUUAAAAAGCAAGACUUGUUUCUGUAGUAAUAUCCCAACUAAAUGUUCAGGUUUGUUAAAAUAUACUGAAUAUAUUCUUUAAAGGUCAACUGACCAUCAAAUAGUACAUACAAAAUCAAUUUGUUGACCAUUUUUUGUUAAACGUUGUGGUGAUCCUGCAGAUCUUGAAGAGGUGAAAACAUACAAGUAGUAGACGAGAUUACUAACUACAAAAUAAAGGAUAUAGGGUAGGAUUUUCAACACUGAGUAUUGAUUCCUUACUCUGAAUCUUGGAAUACACAGAUUUUACUGGGUGAGUUCAGAGUUUGUGUCUGAAUUCUAACAUCAGAUGGAAGAGAAACCCCUGACAGACUGGAACAGUGGUCUCCUCGACUGCUUUGAUGAUGCCAGUACACUCUGCUGUGGUUACUGGUGCAGCUCUUGCCUCGCCAAGAAGAUUUCCACAAACUUUGGAGAGCACCGCUGUCUCCACUGUUUGGAUAAAUGUGGUUAUUUUGGGUGUGUACCUCCUGCUGCCUUGUCCUUGAGGGUUGCCAUGCGAUACAAAUAUGGAAUCCAGGGCUCCCUCUGUAAAGACAUUUUUAUUUCCUGGUGCUGUACGAGCUUGUCCUGGUGUCAGAUGUAUCGUGAGUUAAAACAUCGCAAGAAGAACCCCGUGGUCAUCAGUGCACAGUCUCCAACUGCCGUCAACAUGCAGCCUGCUCCAGUGAUGAUGAUGAUGCCUCCUCCUGUCAAUAAUAUCUGCCAGCCAGUAGUCAUCCAGGAUUCAGGCUAAUAUAAGGGCUUGCUCUUUAAUCUAAUCCAACCUAUGAAACACAAGGCCUUGAUCUUUUUGAAUCAUGAUUCCAAAAUGUCAAUGUGUUUUAAACAAUUUACAGUUGUGUAGGAAAAGAAACAGAUAAAAACAUUUAAAUAAGUGUCAAUUAAUAACUCUUUGAAAUACCCUUAAACUUCUGGUUUAUUGUAUUAUUUAGGUUAUGGUAAUAAUUACAAUAUGAUGAUUUGUUAUAGAAAGUUUUCUUAAUAAGUAAAUGUAAAUUUAAGAUGAUGUAAUUUAAAAUAACAUUUGGCUAUACUUUUGGAUAACCUGCUCACUGAAACAGAAGUGAAGAUUUCUUUACGGUCCCUUAACCAUGAAAACGUUCUGUGGUAAGAGAUUGAUUGUUGAUAAAUUUGUUCAGAAAAUUAAACAAAUAUUUAAGUCAAUAAACAACAAUACAUAUAUUA